AUGGAAACGAGAAACCUAUUGCAAGCAUAUGAGGCUGAACAGAAAAAGCGAGCAUGGCUAGUUCGCUUCAAUCGAGCCCGUCUUGAGGAUGCGGAAUAUAUGGAACGGAUUGUAGAUGCCAGGCCAUCUACCAGUAAUCAAUUUGCGUUUCAACGCCAGAAAAAUGCGCCCGUCUGUGGCCUCUUAGAAGCAAUCGAUGGUGAAUGGCAGUCUUGUACCCGGCAAUCUGUCUGUCCACUAAGUGUCAACAUACAACAAAUGAUUAAUGAUGCACAUCUUUUGCUUGUGGUCAACAUCAAUUACAUGCAUUGCCCUCAAAUUUGUAAACACCAUUUGCGAAUGGCUUGCGAGCAUUUGGCUCUCGAUUUCCAGCCGAAACGUGAUCCCGACGACGGCAUCGAAGAAUCUUUUCUCGAAAUCAGAAACCCUCGUGAUAUCCAUGAGAAGCCAAUAAAUGCGCCGCCAGCGGAAUCUCUAAAGUAUGAUGGUUGCCUUGACUGUGGCCAGGAUCCAGAUGGUGUGUGUUAUGGUCCUGAGUUGAUCAAUCGAAUUCCUGCUGUCAAUUCCGAAGAGGCGUUAGCAGAAGACAAGAAGCGUUUUGACAAGGUUUCACGGGAUUUGAAACUUGAUGAGGAAGAGGAUGAAACGCAUGGUUUAUCUGUCCUAAACGCGGCAGCUCUACGAAAGUAUCGCAAAUAUUUUGAUAUACCAACCAAAUCGAGCGCAACAAAGCACGCGAUGCUCGAGGGCGUAAUCUCCCAUUUUGAAACAAGUUAUGUACAUGAUGGUGAAGCGAUUGCCAGUUUCUAUGCGGCUCUUGGAAAAAAGAGAAGGGGCGUGCCAUCAACAAUUGCGUUCAAGUGGCGACGCUUU